AUGAAUGAAGAUUAUUAUUCUAUUCUUGGAGUUAGUCGAACAGCGACUGAUGAAGAAAUCAAGCAUUCAUAUAGAAAACUAGCAUUGCAACUUCAUCCAGAUAAAAAUAAUGAUCCCGAAGCAACAGCUCGCUUUCAAGCUGUUGGAAAAGCUUAUAAAACACUUGGCGAUCCAAAAUUUCGAUCAAUAUAUGAUUUUUUAGGCCCACAAGCGGCUGAUAUGAUAGAACAAUAUGAAGAUUAUCCUGGCACAAUGAAUGAAAUGUCAACAUGUAAAAAGAUUCUAUUCGGACUAAUAUUUUGUUUUACAGGUUGUUGUUUUGGUUGCUUUUGUUGUUGUUGUUGUGGCUGUGUAUGCUGCUGCAAUUUUUGUUGUAAUAGAUGUGGAAAAAACAAAAAUUCUACUGUAACUGCUUCAUUGGAUGACGAAGAAAAGAAUAAUAUAAAUGAUCAAUCAAAUCAUUCUAAAAGUUCUAGUUCUAUUCAUCAACAACCAAAAAAUAUUCCUUCAAAUUAUGAAAAAUAUUAA